AACAUAACUGAGAAUAACUUGGCUGCUGUGCGCAGAGAGUAGAGGAGGGGGCCACAAGGACACUCAGUUAUAUAUUUAGACAUCUGCAGACAUGGCGAUAACAUUUCACACUUGGAGCAGGACCUGAGCUGAUCGUCCAGAAUUCGCGCGAAGACACUUUGGAGCCCUAAAACGUGCUAAUUGAACUUCUGCAUGCACCAACAUCGCCUCCUCUCUCUCUCUCGUGGAUCUAGUCGGAUCCAGUCUGGGUGAAGCGGGCUUCGUGGUGCGAGAUAAUCGGCAGAUGAUGGGAGUUAAUGAGGCGGAGAUGCGGGAGGACAAACCCAGACGCGCUCCUCUCCAGCCACGACAGGUGCGCCACGAGUGAGCGAGAGGAGGACGAGACAGAGGAGCAUCCAGAAUAAAGAGGGUGGAGAGGCGGACAGCGAGCGGAGAGGGAAGGAGAUAAAUACAGCAGAGACGCUUCCCAGGUUCGCGCUAUGGAAACGGGGCAGAGCGCGCAGGUCGCCGACAUGGGAGGAGAGCACUCGGCCGGAGUGUGCGUACCGGAGCGGGACCGGGAGAGGGGCGACGUGUCCAGCCCCAGUCCGCCGGCCAAGCAGCGCUCCCUGCGGGUCGUAUACGUCCUGAACGACGGGCUGAAGUCGGUGAUGGCGAGCAGCCCGGAGUCCGGAGCGCUGCAGUGUCUGCAGAGAGCCUGCGACUCGGAGAGCGCCCUGCUCACCACCGUCACCUUUGGGAGACUGGACUUUGGAGAGACGUCGGUGCUGGACAGUUUCUACGACGCAGACAUUGCAGUUGUGGACAUGAGUGAUGUGUUUCGCCAGCCCUCCUUGUUUUACCACCUGGGCGUGAGGGAGAGCUUCGACAUGGCCAACAACGUCAUCCUGUACCACGACACCGACCCCGACACCGCCCAGUCCCUGAAGGACAUGGUGGCACAGAAAAACACAGCCGCUCGUCCUCCAGCGUUAGGCUUUCCCUGGGUUCAGUUGCCUCCAGAAUACAGAGGUUCUGGAUUGCGCAAUAAAGCAUCCAGUGGUAACUACUACUUCAUCCCCUACAUAGUGACUCCUAACCACGAGUACAUGUGCUGUGAGAGCGAUGCCCAGCGGAGGGCCAGCGAGUACAUGCAGCCCAGCUGGGACAACCUGCUGGGGCCACUGUGUGUCCCGCUGACCGACCGUUUCACCAGCCUGCUGAAGGACAUCCACGUAACAUCCUGUGCUUCCUUUAAGGACACCCUGCUCAACGACAUCAGGAAGGCCCGAGAGAAGUACCAGGGGGAGGAGCUGGCCAAGGAGCUUUCCCGGAUCAAACUCCGAAUCGACAACACAGAAGUUCUAACGCAGGACAUUGUCAUGAACCUGCUGUUUUCCUACAGAGACAUUCAGGAUUAUGAUGCUAUGGUGAAGCUGGUUCAGACCCUGGAGAUGCUGCCGACCUGCGAUCUGGCGACCCAACCUAUGAUCCAGUUCCACUACGCCUUCGCCCUCAACAGGAGGAACAGUCCUGGAGACAGGGAACAGGCUCUCAGAGUGAUGCUGCAGGUGUUACAGUCCUGCGAACAUCCUGCACCGGACAUGUUCUGCCUCUGUGGACGCAUCUACAAGGACAUUUUCCUCGACUCGGACUGCAAAGACACUAAAAACAGAGACAAUGCCAUUCAGUGGUACAGGAAGGGCUUUGAGCUGCAGCCAACUCUCUACUCUGGCAUCAACCUGGCUGUCCUCCUCAUAGUCGCUGGCCAGCAGUUUGAGAGCUCCAUGGAGCUGAGAAAAAUAGGUGUGAGGUUGAACAGCCUGCUGGGGCGCAAAGGUUCCCUGGAGAAAAUGAAUAACUACUGGGACAUUGGCCAGUUCUUCACAGUCAGCAUGCUGGCGAGCGACAUCCCUAAAGCUACUCAGGCUGCUGAGAAACUCUUCAAACUGAAACCGCCACUAUGGUAUUUAAGGUCAGUGGUUCAGAACCUGCAGCUCAUCCAAAGGUUUAAGAAGCAGAUGGUGGAACAUUCUCCCCAGCGAGAGAGACUCGACUUCUGGAUGGACAUCAUCGUAGAGGCCACUCAGGGAACCACCAACAGACUGCGGUUUCCAGUUUUGAUUCUGGAGCCGACCAAAGUUUACCAGCCGUCCUAUGUGUCGAUUAACAAUGAGGCUGAAGAGAAGAACGUCUCGAUCUGGCAUGUUUCUCCUGCUGAAACGAAAGGAAUCCAUGAAUGGAACUUCACUGCAAUGUCCAUCAAAGGCAUCAGUAUCAGUAAGUUUGACGAGCGCUGCUGCUUCCUCUACGUCCACGACAACUCAGACGACUUCCAGAUCUACUUCUCCACUGAGGAGCAGUGUGGUCGGUUCUGCUCCAUGGUGAAAGAGAUGAUAUCUGAUGGGACGGGGAAUGCUGUGGAGCUGGAGGGGGAAGGUGAUGGAGAUACGCUGGAGUAUGAAUACGACACCAAUGAGACAGGGGACAGGGUGGUGCUGGGUCGGGGUACUUAUGGAGUGGUGUAUGCUGGGAGAGACCUCAGCAACCAGGUCCGAAUCGCCAUCAAAGAAAUCCCCGAAAGAGACAGCAGGUACUCCCAGCCCCUUCAUGAAGAGAUCGCCCUACACAAGUACCUGAAGCACAGGAACAUUGUCCAGUAUCUGGGUUCUGUUUCUGAGAACGGAUACAUCAAGAUCUUCAUGGAGCAAGUUCCUGGAGGAAGCCUGUCUGCGUUGCUGCGGUCGAAAUGGGGUCCUCUGAAGGAGGCGACGAUCAUCUUCUACACCAGACAGAUCCUGGAGGGGCUGCGAUACCUUCACGAGAACCAGAUCGUCCACCGAGACAUCAAAGGUGAUAACGUGUUGGUAAACACCUACAGUGGCGUCUUAAAGAUCUCAGACUUUGGUACCUCGAAACGGCUGGCGGGAGUCAAUCCCUGUACAGAAACAUUCACGGGUACUCUGCAGUACAUGGCUCCAGAGAUUAUUGAUAAGGGCCCUCGAGGCUACGGGGCCCCAGCUGACAUCUGGUCACUGGGAUGUACCAUCAUAGAAAUGGCCACUGGGAAACCUCCGUUUCAUGAGCUGGGGGAACCACAGGCAGCCAUGUUUAAGGUUGGCAUGUUCAAGAUCCACCCGGAAAUCCCUGAGUCUUUGUCGCUGGAGGCCAAAUCAUUCAUCCUGCGCUGCUUUGAGCCCGACCCCCACAAGAGAGCCAUCGCCUCGGACCUGCUCAGAGACACUUUUGUCAGGCACCACACCAAGGGCAAGAAGAGCAAGAUCGCCUUCAAGCCAUCAGACUACAUCCAUAGCGUGUCGUUGCCGGUGCAGCUGCAGUGCGAAGCAGCCGGCAGCAGCAGCAGCGAACACGGUUCCGUGAGUCCGGACUGCGACUCCAAACAUGACGUUUUCUUCCAGAAAAAGAAAAGCUCCGGCUCCGAAAACCUGCUCAAACCGCCCAACUCCAACUACCUGAGUGUUCCUGAUGAGGGUUCAGUGUCAGAGGACCGCAGUGCUCCCCCCUCACCUGAGGACAGGGACGGCGGCCUGUUCCUGCUGAAGAAGGACAGCGAGAGACGGGCGAUUCUGUACAAAGUCCUCAAUGACGACCAGGCUAAGGUCAUCUCCAACCUCAAGGAAAACCACAUCCAGGGCAGCGAGGAGCUCCAGCUGUCCGUGGAACACAUCAAGCAGAUCAUCUGCAUCCUUCGAGACUUCAUCCAUUCCCCAGAGAGGCGCGUCAUGGCGGCCACCAUCUCCAAACUCAAGCUGGACCUCGACUUCGACUCCACAUCCAUCAACCAGAUCCAGCUGGUGCUGUUCGGCUUCCAGGACUCGGUGAACAAGGUCCUGAGGAAUCAUCACAUUAAACCCCACUGGAUGUUCGCUAUGGAUAACAUCAUCCGUCGAGCUGUGCAGGCGGCAAUUACCAUCCUCAUACCUGAGCUGCAGACCCACUUUGGCCCGGCGUCGGAGUGUGAAGGAGCAGAGAAGGAGGACGAGGUGGACGAGGAGGAAGCAGAAUUCGGUCCAGUUUUAGCUCCUCACGCCGACGACCCCGGGACGACCGCCGACCACGGACACCCCGCCGUCAUCACGCUAAGCUCCGCCCACUGCCAGGAGCAUCAGCGCUCGCAUCAUCAGCUGGGAGCUCAGCUGGGGCGACUCAAACAGGAGACCAAUAGGCUGCUGGAGGAGCUGCUGCAGAAGGAGAAGGAGUAUCAGCAGGUGUUGAAGGCGACGCUGCAGCAGAGAACUCAUGACCUGGAGCUGGUCAGAGUCAGACACAGACCUCCAGACAUUUCACCUCCCUCCAUCUUCCAUAUCCCAGCGGACCACGAGCCGGACAAGCAGCUCACUGAUUGGCUGAAAGAGCAGGGGGCGGAUCCGGAUACUGUGGACAAGUUUGUGGUAGAGGAAUACACGCUGACCGACAUUCUCAAUGACGUUACCAAAGACGACCUCCGCUGCCUACGUCUACGGGGUGGAGUCCUCUGCCGGGUCUGGCGUGCCAUCCAGCGGCACCGAGAGCGAGAGAGGCAGACGAGCAGCAAACGCUCGGAAGAUGAUGCAUGACGGGGAUUGUUGGACUACGACUCUGUUUUGCAGCAAACACGCACACGUCCCCACAUUACCAGCCCUGCAUGGCCGUCUUUCUUUUCUCUCUCUGUCUCCGCGGUGCCUUCUCAUGUUCUAGUCUCUGUAUUGUACGAACAGGACUGACUGAAUCCAUGCAGAGUCCGACUUGACCAGACCAAAGCGCUUUAGUGCAGGCACUACUGUAUGUAUCUUCAUGUUUAUUUAAGUGUUUACGUGUGCCUCAGUGUAUUUGUGCCUGAUGAUUUUGAAUGAGUUUGAAACAGUUUAAAGUCGUCUCCUAAUGUUUUGUUGGGCUGUUAAACAAUGCUGCACAACUGAAAAGUGAAUCUAAAAGGUCUGUUGUAUAUGUUAUAUAAUAUUGCAAUUGCAUAAGGAGCUAACAACACACCACAAACAGUAAAUUAUACAGCUUCUUUGGAGUAAAAUAAGAUUGAAACAGUAUUUUCUGAAUGAUCACUGAACACCAAGUGAGCUCUUGAACUCUUAGAGAACCUCGAGAUUUUGCAGGUGAAAGUUCAUUCAGAUUGAACCAAAUACAUGUUGCCUAGUUCCACGAGCAGAGCAGUUUUUUGAUAAUUGGAGGAGCAAACGAGCAGAAAAAUGUGCUCCCAGGCCCAACAGAAAUAUGUUGAAAGACACGUUGGACAGCGGAGUACGUUGUCGGUUUCCACUGACGUCUUGCAGCUGUGAAUGACUAAACUCACUGCAAACACUAUGACCAGCUGUACUGUCACAAAUAUCAGUAGGAAAUAGAUUCCUACGUGACUGAAAAGAGGGUGAUAUCAAGACGCGUCUUUUGUACCUGUCAAUCUUUAUUAUUAUAACUAAGCUGACUUUCCAUUGAAGGCAGGGAUCAUCAUGAGUCACGGAUUUCCUGAUUCAAAUGUUUUAGGUACAAAAUAAUCCAGCACGUAGACACAUCCCAAUGGCUCAUCAGCCCCACCUUUAUAUUUGGACGCAUGUUAUUUAUUGGUUAUAUCUUUUCUUCUCUCUUCUGUGUAUCUGUAUUUAUUAGUUUUUUUUUAAAAUUCUAACUAUCAUGAAUUGUUGAAUGUGCUUUACAACUGCAAUAAACCUGGAAAUAAUUCAACAGUU